GCAGUGCCCCAUAAAUACCCCUCACACAACUCUCGCUGUGCGCUCGGCUGCCAGAGAGGAGAAAAUGUACAACCAAGUGGAGCAUCCCGCUGGAGGCUACAAGAAGCUCUUUGAGACGGUGGAAGAACUGUCCUCGCCGGUGACCGCACAUGUCACAGGCAGGAUUCCCAGCUGGCUGCGCGGGAGCCUCCUGAGAUGCGGCCCCGGCUUGUUCGAGGUGGGCGCAGAGCCCUUCUACCACCUCUUUGAUGGCCAAGCGCUGCUCCACAAGUUUGACUUCAAGGAGGGGCACGUUACCUAUCACCGAAGGUUUGUCAGGAGUGACGCUUACGUGAGAGCGAUGACCGAGAAAAGGAUCGUGAUCACGGAAUUUGGCACCUACGCCUACCCAGACCCAUGCAAGAACAUCUUUUCCAGGUUCUUUUCAUACUUCAAAGGUGUGGAGGUCACUGAUAAUGCCCUCGUUAACGUCUACCCCAUCGGCGAAGAUUAUUAUGCCUGUACUGAGACCAAUUUUAUAACCAGAAUUAAUCCAGAUACGCUAGAGACCAUUAAGCAGGUGGAUCUCUGUAAAUACGUGUCCGUCAACGGGGCAACGGCUCAUCCCCACGUUGAAAACGACGGGACAGUUUACAACAUCGGCAACUGCUUUGGCAAAAACUUUGCGCUCGCCUAUAACAUCAUACGGGUUCCUCCACUUCAGGCAGACAAGGAGGACCCGCUGGACAAGGCAGAGGUGGUGGUGCAGUUCCCUUGCAGCGACAGGUUUAAGCCAUCUUACGUUCACAGCUUUGGGCUGACCUCAGAUUACAUCGUGUUUGUUGAAACGCCAGUGAAGAUCAACCUCCUCAAGUUCCUCUCCUCCUGGAGCCUUUGGGGAGCCAACUACAUGGACUGCUUUGAGUCCAACGAAACCAUGGGGGUCUGGCUUCACGUGGCAGAGAAAAAGAAAGGCAGGCUCCUCAACAUCAAAUACCGCACCUCGGCCUUCAACCUCUUCCAUCACAUUAACACCUACGAAGAUAAUGGGUUUCUGAUCGUUGACCUCUGCACCUGGAAAGGGUUCGAGUUCAUUUACAAUUACCUCUACUUAGCCAACUUAAGAUCAAACUGGGACGAAGUGAAGCGACACGCAGAGAAGGCACCGCAGCCCGAAGCCCGCAGAUACGUCCUGCCCCUGAACUUCGACAAGGCUGACACAGGCAAGAACUUGGUCACGCUGCCCUAUACAACGGCGACGGCCACGCUGCGCAGCGACGAGACCGUCUGGCUGGAGCCAGAAGUGAUUUUCUCAGGGCCGCGCCACGCCUUUGAAUUUCCACAGAUCAAUUACAAGAAAUACUGCGGGAAACCUUACACGUAUACGUACGGGCUGGGGCUGAAUCACUUUGUCCCAGACAGGCUUUGCAAGCUGAAUGUUAAAACCAAGGAGACGUGGGUAUGGCAGGAGCCGGAUUCAUACCCCUCAGAGCCGAUCUUCGUCUCCCACCCGGAUGCCCUGGAGGAAGAUGACGGGGUUGUGCUGAGCAUCGUCAUCAGCCCGGGCGUGGGGCCCAAACCCGCCUACCUGCUGGUCCUCAACGCCAAGGACAUGAGCGAGGUCGCCAGGGCCGAGGUGGAGAUGAACAUCCCUGUGACUUUCCAUGGAAUCUUCAAAAGGGCCUGACCUGACUGCUGCCCACAACACGUCGCGGUUCCUCCGGCACAGGCUCCGUUCACAAUCGCUCGCAUGACCUGAAUUCCUUCCACAGCACUUUUUAUUUGUGUGGCUAAUUAAUUAGGAUUGAGCAUUUCAAUUCAGGUGUUUUUCAAAUGCAUUCUUUGGCAUAAUAUCCAGAUGUACGGUGCUGAGAACACUCGUACGGUUAAAACGACCGAAGGUUGGGGUGGUGGAAAGGAGUUUUUUGUUUUUACAAAGUUAAAGUUUGUAGCUGCGGCAGAGUUAAAAAUGCAAGAAACAGCGCAAACUCAAUACCUGCGCACAUCCUAAUGUUAUGUACAACAGUCUCUGUGCUCAGUUAUAUGCCUUGAAGAGGUAUAUUUUAGUCUAGUAUUACAGAUUUAAAUCACCUCCUGUCACUCCUUUAGUGCCCUCAGAGCAAUCCGGGUGCAGACGUUGCACAGCUGCUGUGGAAAUCUGACCUGGCAGGCGGCAGUUUGUCCUUCACCAACUGCGCCCACCAGCUCACGUGUUUUCUCUUUCCCAUUUCAUUGCUUCAAGUGCAGUUUCUUGAGUUCCGGGUUUCAUACUUAAACAUGAAUAUGAAAAAAAUCAGGUAAUUUUUACGGCUUGGGAUGAAUUUUCUUCCUUACUGUGCUAUAGACUCUCAGUUUCUUCCUUUUCACCAAAUAAAUUCUCAACUAAUGUAAUCGGAGGCUAUGGUUCAAGAUACAAACUUACUGCUAACAGACCUAAAAUCCAGGAUUCUUGUUUGUCUGCAAUGGUUUAACAUUUUUAUUAAUGGUAUCGAAGAAUGAGAAAAUCAUUGACAUUAAAGAUUUCUAGCACAUGGUGCAAACUUUAAAAGGCCGAUUAUUUGAAAAUGGCUGCAGUCACUCCGAUGGCAGGGACACAACCUGGUACUUCUGCUGUUCUAUCAUCUCUAAGAACUGCGCAAUUACCUAAUUAAAAACAAAAUACACUAUAAGCAAUAGUCCUCCGAAAUAAUAAAUUAGUAAAUCCUACUAGUGG